AUGUCCGACAACAGCGAGAAGCGGGGCACUGGCGAGAAAGCCCCCAACAACCCCAGGAAACAGGCCGACUCGCGCAAGAAUGACCCAGAGAGUCAAAACACUCCAUCUCUCACCAAUCGCAUCCAGAAUUCCGCAGCUGGACUGGCAAGGAGUGCCUUCAACGCGACUGGCUCAUCCGCGGACGCAGCGCAUGUGUUGGCCAGCGGCAGCAAAGCCGGACCAUCGUCCUCGCCAUCGACCUCCGCCCUAGCAGCAGCAGAACAGUACAGGGAGACCGCGACUCCUACCUUGUCGACUCGAGCCCACUUGGCCACUCACCCUGCGGCGUCAUUCCGAUCAUCGUCGACAGGUCAACAGGGUGCAUUCGAGCUCCCACCCCUCACCGAGGAUGAAUUCCAGCGCACAUACGACGAAAGCCAAGUACACAGUAACAUCGACUUCUCUCCUUCAACAGAAACAGAUAAAGGAAAAGGCAAAGGCAAAUCAAGCAAAACAAACCCUCCCUUCUCAGAUACCGAGCCCUCAUCCUCGUCCUCGGACCUGAACACCGCCUGGCAAAACGCCCUCCCCACAACCGCUACCACUCUGCCCUCCGACGGCGAAGCCGUCGUCUCCCUCCUCUCAGAUGCGUCCUUCAACCCCGAGUUCCCUCCCUCCGCUGAAGAGCCCUUCGAACCCAUCGAGACGGAGCUCCUCCCCCAGCAACUGACACCACUGGAGAUCGAAAUGCUCGAGUCCUUCCGCCGCCACGCCGCGCUCGAGACCUUGACGCCGACGCCGGCUACACAAGCACUCUCGCAAACGCACAGACUCACUUCCUUCAGUCUCGUCCCGGACAUCGAGUCAGUCCUCGACAGCGUCCCAGCUGCGCAGGGUACGGAUGCCACGGCGCUGCGGGAUGCCGUUCUGAUGAGUCUACCGGGUGCGGCGGAGUGGAUUGCUGUCGAGGAGCGGUACCAUGAUGAAGUUUGGGGAUACCUGCGGCCGACACUCGAGGCGGCUGCGAAGGAGAUGGAGGCGAAUAAGGAGCAGGGCGCUCCCGUGGAGGACGGGCCUGCUGUUAGACGAUUGAAGAUGAUUUUGAGGCAUAUGCAGACUUGA